AUGGACAAUCCAAACUCUAAAACUAUAUUAACACCGGACAAUUUCCAUAAUGUACAUACGAUUUCACGAGCCACAUCCCCGGGUGGUGGACCUGACGGCGUCAACGGAGACGGCGAGCCUAAAGCACGAGUCCGACCACGCACAUAUCCUUACUUCAAGUACCUGCCAUAUCAGACAGAGGAUGAGGCCCAGCGGGCACGAUAUCUUCGAGACAUACUGACCCAGCUCUAUAUUGCGGUGGAAUCGGGCGAUUUCAGUCCUGGUGCGGUGCACUGGACACGGGAGCUGAGAGCAUGGCUAUCGCUCAAGUUUGACCCGACCCGCAGUGACCGGAUCAAGCUUGUUAAGCUGUACUAUGAGCUCUCUCUAGCUCCCGGCAUCGACCCCAACGUCGCCGAGCGUUUUUCGAGCAUGUUCAUGCUUCUCACAAAACGCAAGCAUUACCUAAGGCCAAUUAAGGACCUGACGUUGGACUGGAGACCUCUGUACAGAGAACUCAAAGCAUUCGUUCUCCCAACAGAAUCUGGCCUCGUACAUUCUUCGAACCUCAAGCGGAAUGUCAAGACUUUGACAAAGCUCUGCGCAUUUAUCCAGCUCUACGUUGAUCCUUGUGAGCUUCCAGCCAUGCUGGAGGAGUUCCUUCCGCAUUACAGCACCUCUUUCUCAGAAGGCGCGUUUGUCGUAGUCGGACUAAUCAAUUUGCUUGCUCCCACAACCCCACCACCGGAGUCAAGAGAGGAUUUACUACCGCAGCAUUAUAUGCCAACAUACUUCCAUCUUUGGUCCUUGGUUAGCCGGUCAAAAACUUUUGAUCAGACGUUCCUCGACUUCUUCUCCCGACUGGCGCGGGACUCAUUGCCUGCUGGACAUAUUCCGUUUUCUGAAUAUGGCCUCUUCACCAAAGAGCAAUCUUCUCUUAUUUUCACAGCCAUCCUGAGGCUCCUGGAAAUUCCAGUUGGGCAGUCGAGCUCCCCCUACAGUGCGCUGGUUGAUAUAUCCUCUGGAUUGGGGAUAAUGCUUGAUCGCGACUCUCGGAAGCAUCCAGUUGCACAUCACAUUGCUAGGUGGAUCGUUAUGUCUCUAUCACCAGCAUGUCUUGACAAGGAAGAAUCAAUCUUGAGCCAGCUCGAAGGCCUUAUACAGGCCGUAGAGACUUUUUUCCACCCGUCAAAUUCGGGCAGCUGGACUAAGACCUUAGCUCAGCUGGUGUACUACCUUACCGACUUCUUCGUAAUGCGCUGGAACAGAGAACAGAGUGGCGAGAUGGAGGUCCCACAGGAGCGAAGACUGACAGAGCCUUUAAAACGUCGCUUCGUGCUCUGCUUGCGCGACGUGAUAUUCAUGGGUAUCUAUUCUAAAAGCGCCACCGCUAUGAGCUUCUCGUUGUCGACCUUACAGGGCCUAGCAUUCUUGGAACCGCAUCUAAUCCUUCCAGGAGCUUUGCAGCGAAUCUACCCAUCUCUGCAAGGCCUGGUAGAAGUUCACCGUACCACUUCGUCACUCCGAGCUCUCCAGAUCCUCGCGCGGAUAAUAGCAAGGACUAAGGGGUACCGUUGUCACCUCACAACUCUCCUUGGAAUGGCAUUGCCCGGAAUUGACGCGAACGACCUUGAAAAGUCUCUCCACACUUUGACAUUCAUCCAGGCCGCAUGCUAUAAUAUUCCCAUGACAGACUUGACGAAGGGAAGAGACGAGAUUAAUUGUGAUAUGCUCGCUAUGCAAUGGAUUCCCGGAGAGAUGGAGCGGAUGGAACAAGAAGGCGUCGAAGUGCAGUUGAACUACGACACCGAACUCAGCGACGAGACGGAGGAGAUGAUUCUUCGCUCUUCAACCUGCGGUUUCGGAGACUUCAUUAUCUCAUUCCUAGGACGCGUCUUCACGCUACUGGAGAAUCUCCCCGACGUUUCAAGAGUGCGAAAUGGUUCGCCAGAGGAGAAUAUCGUGAACACGCUACCAGCGACCUUUAUGCCUUUACUGUCAUCGCUAUCACCCGAAUAUUAUGAGAUUGCUCUGACUAAGGUUGUCGAUUUUGUGUCAAACCAUGUCAUCCACCAAGCUCGCGACGCAAUGGCUUUCAUCUGUAACGCUGUUUGCAAAGUCAAUCCUGAAAAGGCACUGAAACGUUUUAUUCCAGUGUUGAUACAGGCCAUCCGAACUGAGAUUGAUGACAACGGUGCGGGUUCGACCCGGACCACUGGUACGGAUGUGCUUCCUCGUGAUAGGGGCCUUGUGUGGAAUGUCAGCAUGCUCAGCAUGUGUGUCGUGCACGUUGGGGAUGCCGUAUUAGCAUACAAGAAAGAGCUGUUCGAUAUUGCUGUCUAUAUGCAACAGAAGUGUCGCGGCAUCCCAACCGUCCAUGUCUCGAACUUUAUCCACCAUCUCCUUCUCAAUCUCACCGGGACAUACACCUCAGACUAUUCCCUCUAUGAACCUGAUGUUGUGGCCAAGGGCAUACAGCCCGAGCAUUGGUGUUACAGACCCGACCCGCAAAACUUGACCGUGAAGUGGCACGUGCCGAAGCGGCAGGAGAUAGAGUUUGCUGCCGAACUUUUUCAAAACCAGGCCGAGUCUGCCCUUAAGCAGUUAGCUGCUUUGACUGAUGAAAAUUCCAACAUCAGACGAGAUGGAAUCGGUAAGGAAUGGUCCGAUGAAGUGAUCAGAAACUUGGUUCUGUUGCGGCUUAUCAUUUCGGGUGUGUCUGUUCUCUUCGACGCCAAGGCUGCCUCAAAGACGAAGGGUAGCAGAACCAAUGGGGUAUCAGACAAGGCAGAGGACGUGGAGAUGACAGAUGGUGUGAUUGGUACUGGUCCUGAAGACGAAGAGGCCGAUUCCUCGCUUGACACUUCCGAAGAGGAUACUGUAAGGGAGACGUACACCUACCCAACGGGAUAUCCCUUAGAAGAGAACGACCCUAUCUAUGUUUCUAUCCAUGAUAUCCGGGAAAGGGCAGGCUGGACUCUUCACAAGGUGCAUAGGUACUUGUGUGAGAAGCAGGAGGACGACGUGCCCUGCUUCAGUGCUCUAUACUCUGCUUACAAAUGCUGGUUCGUCGAUGUUGGUAUCGAGAGGUCCGCCCAUGUACUGGAUAGAGUGACUCGCCUUCUUCUUGCCGACAUCCACCCUUAUAAGAUGAGUGGCAUUCGCAAGGAUUACCCACGUCCCCUGCUUAUUCGACGAGCCAACAUGUACCAUCUGCAGCGCUUAAGACACAAUGCCGCCCCACGCUGCCGGUCACGACUGGAUGAAAUCCUGCUCUUGGAUAUUGCAGAGUCGUGCGUAUCUGCUUAUACUGAGACGCGCCGUAACGCUCAAACGGCGGGAGAGUCGGCCUUGAAGGUCGUCUGGGGCUCCCGCCUACUCGUCAUCCCCCCACUUCUGAGGGCGCUGCAAAAUGGCAUCAAGGAGAAUGACUACGCGCGCAUCAAGGGUUCUUUGUUUUCUCUAUUGCUUAGCAGUGUGGCCAGAACCGUUGGCCGUCAUUGGAAGUAUGCUCCCACUUUAGUCCGAGCUUUUAUUGAUGCGAGUGCGGUUGAUAGGCCGUCUGUGCAACGGAUAUGCUCGAGUGUAGUAUAUCAGAUCAUGGAUUAUGGCCGUCCAAUGGAAAGAAUGGCAAUCCUAGACAGAGACCUUGUGGAGUCCAUCGCUCCAACGUCACAGAACGUCGACGAGCAAAUUCAGCAGAAACGAAAUUCACUAAACAACAAGCGGGCCCUUAUCGAGAAGAAGAAGGCCGCCUUGGCUGAGGAGCUAGUGGAUCUAGCCCGCGAAGCCCACUGGAAAGUUGCUAGUCGAGCAGCGACCAUUGUCAUCUCAAUGGGCCUGCGGUUUGAUUACAUCGCGAGCGAGCGCCUCGUGGAGCUCGUUACUAUGGGCUCCAUCGACGACCACCCUGGCUUGCGAGGUAUGUACUCACAGGGGCUCACGGCGCUGUUCACCAUGAUUGAUGUCCGAGCAAUUUGCAAUCACGACUACAAGAGCUAUAUCCUGGGUAACCAGAAUUUUCCAGCAAAAAUCAAAGUGGCCACCAAGCGAUAUGAGAAGGGCUGGACUGAGGAAUUUUUGGCAAGCUUUGCUAACCCGGAAACGGAGUAUUAUAUUGAUCACGAUUUCCCCGGCUGGCUUGUAUGGGCUGACCACAUGCCUGGGUACAAACCAAAUGUUGAACGGGACAUCGAGUACGAUCAGAUUGAAUGGCAGAUACGUUCUCGCAUGGGUAAGCUGUUCGAUCGGGCAUGGUUCAAGAAGUUCUUCAUGUACUUGAAGCAAGAGCCACGUGAUCCCUCAGCCGACAAGUUCCGCAUGUCCUGUGCAAUGUUGCUUCUGUAUGCUUUUGAGUUGAUGCUGCGCGAUGGACUUACAGCAGCCACCUUCGAAGAUAUUAAAGAGGAGAUUGAAGCGGUUUAUGAGGAUGGAAGUGAUAAACAUCAACAUCGGGCAACUGCAGAAAUUCUGGGUGCGCUGGUCAGCUCUGUUACGGAUACUAGUGUGGAGAAGCGAACGUUGGUCUGGGAAUAUGCGUUCCCAAUUGUGCAAAAGAUUUUCAUCGAAGGGUUGACGCCGGAGAACUCUGGUUACUGGACAACGUUUCUCCAUAUGAUUCUUCAGUGCCGUGACCCGCGACGAGUCUGGCCGUUAGUUGACUGGCUGGCGAGCUUCCGCCUAGACAUGACGACGAAUGCAGCUUUCAAGGAAAGCUCCAAGAUUAAUUUGCUGCAUCAAUCAAUUAUUGAUGCAGGCUGGCACUUCCGGCUUGAGAAACCGAUUGUUCAAGAUUACCUUGCCCACCUUGACCACCCUUAUAAAGGGGUUCGUGAAGCUAUGGGACAGACUCUAGCAACUAUAUUCCGUACGCGGUACCACGAAUCUUACCCAGACGUCAAGAGUCUGCUUGCGGAUCAAGAAGCAUCUUCAUCGGUUGGCUCUUAUCCGUAUUCACCGGAUACGGACUUCAGACAGAUGAUAAAUGAUAUCUUUACGCGGAUCGAGGAAUGGCGACAAGAGAGGACCCCUGGCCAACAGACGCCUUCUUCCUACACUUCGGGAAGCAAAACCGUUCUUCUUUGGCUUGACUCUACGCUGUCUUCUCAUGAGUGCACGCAGCUUGCCCCCUUCUUCGCUGAGGUGUUCACAGGACAACUGCUGCAUAUGAUGGAUGUUAAGGAAGAUCCAGAACUCCAAUCACUAGCAUACCACGUUUUCCGUCACCUACCGAACGUUCCGUAUCCCGCUGAGGAGAACUCAGACUUUAUUAAGACACUUAUCCGCAUUGGGCAGACGUCGCCCUCUUGGCACCAGCGGUUACGUGUCAUGAUCAAUAUUCAGAUUAUCUACUUCAGGCGUCUCUUCCUUCUCUCUCCCUCUGACCGUGAUAAGCUCUUUGAGUGCGUGGCGAGCAUGCUAGAGGACCCACAGCAUGAAGUCAGAGCGGGUGCAUCAGCCACGCUGUCAGGGAUGGUCCGUUGUUCUCCAGAGUUCCUCCGCAAAGAGAUCGUGGAUCGUUUCAAGAAGCGAUUCACCCAAAUCCUGGUAGAGAAUCCUCUUCCCAAACGACCAAAGAUGCCUCGUAUGGCCAGUGGGUUAUCGUCUCCGGGCUCCUCGGGAGCCAAUACUCCAAAUCCUGAACACACCCGUCUUGUUAUCUCCAGGCACGGUGCCGUUCUAGGUCUCGGAGCACUUAUUCAAGCUUUCCCCUACAGCAGUCCACCGCCGACAUGGAUCCCUGAAGCACUGACCACGCUGAGCGUUCGUGCGGCCAGCGAUCCUGGCAUUGUGGGGUCAAGUGUCAAGUCAAUUAUCAGUGAGUUCAAGAAGACCAGGCAGGACACAUGGCAUAUCGAUGCGAAGGCAUUUACCUCAGAUCAACUAGAAGAUCUCUCAGGUGUUCUUUGGAAGAGCUACUUCGCUUAG